CAUCCCUGCUCCUGCACCGGUCUCCAUCUCCCAGCAGAAGGCGCAGCCAUGAAUCCGUUAUUCGGCCCCAACCUCUUCCUCCUACAGCAGGAGCAGCAGGGCCUGGCCGGGCCGCUGGGAGACCCUCUGGGAGGCGACCACUUCGCCGGGGGCGGGGACGUGUCCCCAUCACCACUCGCCCCUCCUGGCCCUGCUCCUUACUCGCCGCCGGGGCCGAGCCCAGCGCCCCCCGCCGCCAUGGCCCUCCGCAACGACCUGGGCUCCAACAUCAACGUCCUCAAGACCCUGAACCUUCGCUUCCGCUGCUUCCUGGCCAAGGUGCACGAGCUGGAGCGCCGCAACCGGCUGCUGGAGAAGCAGCUGCAGCAGGCGCUGGAGGAGGGUAAGCAGGGCCGGCGGGGCCUCGCUCGCCGCGACCAGGCCGUGCAGACCGGCUUCAUCAGCCCCAUCCGGCCGCUGGGGCUGCCCCUGGGCGCCCGGCCUGCGGCCGUCUGCACCCCGUCAGCACGGGUGCUCGGCUCGCCCGCGCGCUCCCCAGCCGGCCCCCUCGCCGCCUCUGCCGCCUGCCACUCAUCGCCCUCCACCUCCGCUUCCACCUCCACCGCCUUCUCCUCGUCCGCCCGCUUCAUGCCCGGCACCAUCUGGUCCUUCUCUCACGCCCGCCGGCUGGGACCGGGACUGGAGCCCAUGCUGGUGCAGGGGCCUGGCCUGUCGUGGGUGCAUCCCGACGGGGUGGGCGUCCAGAUCGACACCAUCACCCCCGAGAUCCGCGCCCUCUACAACGUUCUGGCCAAGGUGAAGCGCGAGCGGGACGAGUACAAGCGGAGGUGGGAAGAGGAGUACACGGUGCGGAUACAGCUGCAAGAGCGAGUGAAUGAGCUCCAGGAGGAAGCCCAGGAGUCUGAUGCCUGCCAGGAGGAGCUGGCGAUGAAGGUGGAGCAAUUGAAAGCUGAGCUAGUGGUCUUCAAAGGGCUUAUGAGCAACAACCUAACAGAGCUGGACACGAAGAUCCAGGAGAAGGCCAUGAAGGUAGACAUGGACAUCUGCCGCCGCAUCGACAUCACCGCCAAACUCUGCGAUGUGGCUCAGCAGCGCAACUGUGAGGACAUGAUCCAGAUGUUCCAGAAGAAACUGGUCCCAUCCAUGGGGGGGCGGAAGCGGGAGCGCAAGGCUGCCGUCGAGGAGGACACCUCUCUGUCGGAGAGUGAGGGGCCCCGCCAGCCCGAUGGGGAUGAGGAGGAGAGCACAGCCCUCAGCAUCAACGAGGAGAUGCAGCGCAUGCUCAACCAGCUGAGGGAAUAUGAUUUUGAGGACGACUGUGACAGCCUGACUUGGGAGGAGACUGAGGAGACCCUGCUGCUUUGGGAGGAUUUCUCAGGCUAUGCCAUGGCAGCUGCAGAGGCCCAGGGAGAGCAGCAGGAAGACAGUUUGGAGAAGGUGAUUAAAGACACCGAAUCCUUGUUCAAAACCCGGGAGAAGGAAUAUCAGGAAACCAUUGACCAGAUAGAGCUGGAGCUUGCCACGGCCAAGAAUGACAUGAACCGGCACCUGCAUGAGUACAUGGAGAUGUGCAGCAUGAAGCGGGGCCUGGACGUGCAGAUGGAGACCUGCCGCCGGCUCAUCACCCAGUCUGGGGACCGAAAGUCUCCUGCUUUCACUGCGGUCCCGCUUAGCGACCCGCCGCCACCGCCUAGCGAGACUGAAGACUCCGAUCGUGAUGUCUCAUCUGAUAGCUCCAUGAGAUAGGGACCUGCCUCUGGUCCCACCCUGAUGGGAAUGCACCUCAAACCUCCGCUGAGUCGGUUCACAGAAGGGGAACUUCAUUUGUCCCGCUCUACUAAGCCUGGCCCCUGGGGACAGGGAUGCUCCUCUCUCGGGUUUCCUCCCUUGGUCCUUGGCCUCUCCAGGGUUCUAGGGUGUCUGGAGCAAGGCUUGGCCUGCCCUUCCCAGGCGACUCCUACCACAGCUGGAGCUCUCCUUGACUUCAUACGUGGGUGUCUGCUACUCCCCAUCUUUAAAAUGCUGCCAGUGCGAUUGUGGCCCUGUAACUUCUCCAUUGAAUAAGGAAUGUGAUUGUCAGAUCCUCCUUCCA